AUGAAUCAUGUCAUCAUAUUUUUCCUUUUGCUCUUUAAUUAUGGCAAAGGCGUGACAGGUGCAGAAGCGCAGGAGGGAAGCCCCAACAGCCAUAAUAACCCGUACGAGGAAAGCGAAAUCGACGAGCAAUGGAGGCUGUACCAGCUGGAGACGAACCCAUUUAUCGACCUGAAGCACCCGAACUUCAAAGGGGACUUCAUCAGGUGCAUCGACGAGUACUACGUGUACGAGACGAAGGAGUACAACGCAUACAAAAAGGAAAGAUAUAACAGCAUAAAAAGUUACAAAGCGUUUGAAAAGAAGCAAUUCAACUGCGCCAUCAAUUUGUUUAUCCAUGGGAGACCGAAUUCAAGAAACGCAAAUGAUUACAAAGUAUGGAGUGCUGCAGCAAAUAUAAACAAACACGAAGCCAUGUUACAGAAGAAGUACAGCAAGUAUAUAAUUUACACCCCAUUUAUCAGUCUUUCAAAUUUUCUGGGCACAGAGGGGUUAUAUACACACCUUAACUACGCAUACCUGUUGGCGAAUAGAUUGGCCGUAACGUUUAAAAACAUGCAAGACGAUGACACGUGUCAUAAUUACGAUAUUUUUAUUCACUCCCACUGUUACGGUGCUAAUAUAGUCCGAUUGAUGUUUACCUUAGACAAUGACAUAUGGAAGCUGUUGGACAAGUCUUUUUUAAAUAUGACCUACGAGAGGGAAGUGCUGGCCAUACUGGAUGACAAUUUCAAGCUGACCCUGAAGGAUAUUAACAUUAUUACUGACAAGAGCACCAUACAGUAUAGGAAGGACCCAUACUUUAAAGUUGACAAGUACUAUUUGUAUAAAUCCUUUCAAGCCAAAAUAAAUAAAAAAAAAAUAACCGAACAUUUUGACGACGUGUUUGAUGACCAUAAUGUCAAGUAUGAUGCUCUUCCCCAGGCGGGCAGUGCUUCUGACGAAGGUGCAGGAGGUAGUGACUCCUUCGAAAAUUUAAUGGCGCAACCAGGAAGGAGUAGCGCACUAGGGGGAGGCGAAGAGGAGGGAGAAGUAGAACCUGAAGCUGCAUCGGAUAAUAACGAAGAGUUUAUUCUUUUCACGAAGCAAAAAAAAGUGCCCAAAAGAAGCGGACAUCCAGCGAACAGAUCCUUGAAAAGAUUACACACCUAUUUGCUGAAUAAAAAAUUUAACUUGUUAAGCAUAGUUUCUACGGGGCCGCCACUUAUCGGUAUUUUAUCAAAUAUGGAAGACGUACGAGUGGGUCAUCAGAAAUUAAUGAGGUACAAAUUUAUGCUGCAAAAUGUGCCUUCCUUUUUGAGAGCGAAAAUGUUAAAAUCGAGGGAUGCACAGGAAUUAUUACAUAUGGUAAAUCCAGGGCUACUAUGCCUACUAGCUGUACAUGAGAAGAUCAAUUACAAUUAUGAAAAGGAUACAGGUUCUUUAAUUUCUCUUUUUAAAAAUGUGAAUUAUUACGCCGAUAUGGAUAAUGAUGAGCUUAUGAGUUUGCACACCAGCUUAGGGUUACAUUCUACUCUCCACAUGAGGUCUCUAAGUUACUACCUUUUGAACUUCAGAAAUGAGUACUACCACCGCACGUACAUCCUCCCAGCGCAUUUAUCAGACAUUAACAUUUCCAAUAACUAUGCAUUCUUUGAGUAUAUAAAAAGGAACAAUGUAUGUUCGCAAAUUAAGCAAAGCGAAAUGGAAAGGUUCGUCUCCUAUUUGAAUGAAGUUGUAAACUUCGAUCAGAAGCCGCAACCGUAUAUUCCUCACAGGCAAAUUUAUAAGAACCCCUUCUUGGCCCACUACAUCAUACCGUAUAUGCAAGAAAAUAAUGUCUACACCCCUCACUCUAUAUUGGGCACAGGUAGAACGGCGCUCCUACUAUACUCCUAUGACAUAUACAAACAUAUAGCGAUGAACGGAUUUAGCGAAAGGAACGUACUCAAAAAUGAUAUUGACUUUUUGUACGAUGCGGACCCCUUCAUUUACUACAACUGGAUGACCUACAUAGGAAAUCAAAAUAAUGUUGAGCAGGAUAACUUUAUGGAAGAUUUGCAUGUAUACUCAGAUAAUAUAAACAUGAAUUUGGUGCAAAAUUUGUUUAACCUAUUUGUGUCAACACAUUAUGUGAAAUUUUUUAUAUUUAGUAAAAAUAACACGGCGGAUGUGUACCGUAGUUUGUACAGAACGCUCAGGAACUUUUCCCUUCCGAUUAAUAAAGUGGUUCUGAGGAGGCAGAAGGAGAAGAAAAUUAACUUCCCUUUGAUAAGUAACGCAAAAUUCGACCCCGACGAGAAUGUCAUAUAUGAAUAUAUGGGCAAGUACACCAACUUUUUGAAAACUUUUUCCUACCUCAAUUCCUUCCAGUACAUUACAAACGAGGCGUUCAUUCUUAACCAUAAGACUUUUAAAAGGUACCAAAAUGAACGCAUGGAGGAGUUAAAAAAUGAAAUAAAAAAGGCACAGAAUUUUAUUCAAGAAAAUAACACCUUCAGCGACAUGAAGAAUAAAAUCAGUGCCAUGUAUAACAUUGAAAAUACUAGUAAUAAUAACGAGCGGGAACUUGCGGUGAACGAAGAAGUAGGAGACCUCGCCGCCUUCGAAUCCGCGAACUACGCACUCGGGGAAGGCAAAGCAGCUAGCUCCAGCGACGGCAGCGUGCAAAAUCUGGACAGGACGUAUGUUACCUACCAUGGUAUUUACCUAAACAUUAGACGCAACAUGACUCUUAUGGAAGCCUUUCGAUCAAUUUCCCUAUACAAUAGUGUCUACGAAAAUAUUCAGUACGUCGAAUUUGUAAUCAAAGGAUCGGCGUAUAACGAUUUGGAGGAACAUCUGAGCAACCCGGACGAUAUAAACUCCUGUCUCUUUGACAAAUAUGAAGAUAUAGAACUGAGUUUUAUUUCAAAAUUUUGCAAUUACGAUCAACAGGCCUACUUCCACAUAAAGAAAUUAUAUACCUCUCGAAAUCUGUACGUUUUGAAAUCCCUAAAACAGUGUAACUACCCAAAAUACAGACACCUGAAAUUGUGCGAAAAUUUGGGGCUCCUUAAAACCUUUUUCGAGACCGAUUUAAGUGUUACCCUGUCCUCUUUACACGAACGGGAGAAAAAAAGAAUGACUAGCAUGAGGGAUGCCAUCGAGAGAGAAAUGCACGAAACGGAUAUACUCUCCAUCAGCAAUGACUCCCUGGCAGCUGUCUUUCACAACAAAAAUGAAGACAUCAGCACAUUUAAAAUUAAUGCCUGCUUUAUCAUUCCAGAGAAACCCCUUAUUCAAAAUUUGUUUUCCAAUGAGGAGAGUAUGCAGUCUACCGAAGAGGACAUAGAAAUGGGAACGCUCAGAAAGGUGGGCGAUGGCCACCUUAGUGCCAGCACCAGUGACCUUAGCGCCAUGACUGGAAGUACCACCAGUUUGGACAGCAGCGUCAGUAGCAGCAACGAAAGUCACGGUAGCAUGACCAGCCUCGAGAGCCUAGAGGGCUUCAACGAUGUCGACACUGAAGUGAUCGAAACAGGGUACGAACUGGAGCACGCGUUGGGCCUGUCCUCCCACACGGGAACGGGCGUCGAAGGUGAAAGCGGAAAGGAGGAGGAUAAGGAAGCUAAGGAAAAGGCGAAGAAGGAAAAGAAAGAAAAGGAAAAGAGGGAAAAGAAGGAAAGAAAAGAAAAGGAAAAGAAGGAAAAGGAAAUGAAGGAGCAGGAAAAGAAGGAACAGGAAAAGACCGAUAACAAUUACGCCCACAGCAGUAGCAGUAGCAACCGCAGCAACAACCGCAGCAACAACCGCAGCAACAACCGCAGCAACAACCGCAGCAACAACCGCAGCAACAACCGCAACGGCAGCGACCACAACGUCUUCUGCACCCAAGUGGAGGUGCCAGUGCUGCUCCGAAAGAACGUCCUCAAAAGCGCCCACGACAUCUACAUGCGGGCCAUCCGAAGCGUCAUGCAGAGCAAGCACUUCAGAAGCGCCUUCAACCUAAGGGAGGGGGAGGAACCCUACGAGUCCUUCAUUUACUUCUUUGACAAAUUCGCCUACGUCUACAACAAAAAAAAUAAGUAUGCCCACGCAGGGGACGUCAAGGCGUUUAAUACCCCUCAAAACAUUAAGUGGAACUACUUCUAUUAUUUGUUAAAGUAUGGCUCGGGAACGAAUUACAACAAUGAGGCCUUUUUGGAAAACUUCUUUUACGGGAAGGAAUCAAAUCUGGUGAAGCCACAGAAGGAUAACAUUUUGAAGGAGUUCCUAACCCACUUCACCGUCUUCUUUUACCUCUUCAAGUUGGACUAG